AUGGAAACCAGGACAGUAAUGCAUCGAGAGCAGGAGGACGAGUCGUCCCACAUGUCUCAAGGCAUAAAGGUGUCCUCGCAAAGAAACAAGAAGACCUUCACCUCCAGUGACGAAGAAGUCCUCUACUCUGAAAUCUUUCCUGUCAUCCCUGCUGAUGUGAUGUCCGUUAAGGAGACCCUGAACAUGGAAAGCCUUCCCUGCCACAGGACAUGGGAGAUCCUGAGGGAAACUCGAGCGGCUGGGGAAUGCUAUCAACGGGACAAGUGGACAAUGUUUGGGAACGAGGCGGAGAAGCUGGAGGUGGGAAUGAUCCAGAGCCGACGUCUGCUACGCACCCGGGUAGACAAAAUGGCACUUCGGAAAGCGGCUCAAAAGAAGGCGUGCGAGCACUUGGAUUAUCUGGAGCGUCUAAGUCAGAAGGUGCCAGACUUCGGCGUUCCCCUGAGGGCUCACACUGUCUGGGAGGGCAUGACUGUGCAGCUCGCCUGUGUGGUCCAGGGAUGCCCACCCCCGCAGGUCACAUGGUACAAAGACGGUGCGCUGCUGACGAAGCCUAAGAUGCCGUGGAAUUACAGCCUUCAGCAAGCGUUUGGUCUUAAUUACCUUGAGAUCAGACGAUGCUCUCCUGAUGACGCCGGCGUAUACAAAGUGGUAGCCAAGAGUCGACUGGGUGAAGCAAUGACCUUCGCUACAGUUGUGGUGAACUCGUAUAAAGGAGCCACGGCUGGUACGGACGAUUUCCGGACUCUGGCUUCGCAGCAAGCUAGCUUUGCUACCACCUUUCCACCAACGUGGGUAACAGAAGGCGAGAGUCUGACCCUGAACUGUUCCUUCACUUCUCCACUGCUGCCCUUCCAGUGGGAUGUCACCUGGUUCAGAGAUGGGAGACAGCUCCUCCAAUCUUGCGACGUCGACAUAAAGACUACUGAAAACACAGCUUCUAUUACACUAAGCGCUGUAUACAAGGAGCAUGAAGGAGUUUACACAGUCCAUUUGAAGACCUGCGAUGGAGUUUUGGAAUCUAGUGCCUAUGUCUACGUCGAAGAUGCCUCAGCCCCAGUAGUUGGAUGCCCUGCGUCUCCCCUGCUGGUCAAAGUAUCCGAUGUCAACAAGGACUACGUCUUCUUGACCUGGCAGCCGCCAAGUGCCGAUGGAUCAUCACCAAUCGAGGGCUAUUAUAUCGAGCGGUGUGACCUCAGCCAGGGUCAGUGGGUGCGCUGCAAUGAGAACCCUCAGAAAGAAUGUCGCUAUCCGGUGUUCGGGCUUAAAGAAGGAGCCAGGUACCAGUUCAGAGUUCGGGCCGUCAACCAAGCUGGAGUUGGUCGACCUUCUAAGGCGACUGAGCCCAUUCUCACUGAGGACCCACUGCAAAAUGAGAGGACCAUGGUGGUCAAAGUGCACAGAGGAAAGACGGUCGUCAUCUCAAAAGAUGAACUUGAAGGUCAGAUCCGUACUCCCCUCCCUCCCACCAAUGUCCACGCCUGUGAGCUGAGCGACACAUAUGCAGUGCUGAGCUGGACUGAGCCGGAACCCCGAGGGAAGGAGCCGCUCACCUUCUACGUGGAGCGGUCACAGGAAGGGAAGAGCAGCUGGGAAAUGGCUAGCCUGGAUGCAGUGGUCAACUCUCCUAGGUUUCCUGUUUUUGACCUGGUCAAGGGAAUGCAAUACCGCUUCCGAGUGCGCUCCGUCAACAAGUACGGGGUCAGUGAGCCGUCAGAGCCGAGCGACCUGAUCUGCUUGGGAAAACCGCAAAGUGUCCCUGCCCCACCUUCCAACAUAAUGGUCUUCCGAGACACAGACACCUCUGUGUUGCUUAAGUGGCAGGAGCCCAAAAACAAGGAGGGCAUUCUGGGAUAUUACCUCUACUGCAGCGAAAAGGGCAAACAGGAGUGGAAGGUCAUCAACAACAAACCCGUUACCAACCCCAGGUUUACAGUCCACGGCCUCCAGACUCGUAAAGAAUACGUGUUCAGGGUGAAGUCGGUGAGUGGAGCAGGGAACAGCGCCUACUCGGUGGAGUCGGAACCCAUCCUGGUUAAAGCUGCCAUUCGUAAGUGUGUCCCCUCGGCUCCUUCGGCCAUCGCUUUGUUGAUGUGCACAGGCUCGGAGAUGGUUUUGGGUUGGAGGCGGCCUCGGUUUGACGGCGGCGACCCUGUGCGGGGUUACUACCUGGACAGGCGGGAGGCGGGCACUGAAAUGUGGCGGGAGGUCAACGUGAAGGCGUAUAGAGAGAGGCGAGCCACGGUUUCCAACCUGACCGGGGGGCUUUGGUACCAGUUCCGCGUGUAUGCUGCCAACAUGGUUGGCGUGGGGAAGCCGUCGGAUGCCAGUGAGGCUUUUCUGUGUGAGGAGUGGACUAUGCCAGAGCCAGGUUGUCCCUUUGACGUGGAAGUCCGCGAGGCUAGGGACCACUCUUUAGUGCUCCUGUGGGCCGCGCCGCUCUACGAAGGCCGGGGACCCGUUACGGGAUAUUUAUUGGAAAUCAGCCUGGGCGACCAAUCCGACGAAUGGACUGCUGUGAAUGCCAAGCCGGUUACAGACACGUAUUAUAAGGUUUCGGGUCUUCAGCCGGGUCAAACUUACCGUCUUCGUGUGUCUGCUGUCAAUGAGGCGGGAACGGGUGCUGCCUCCCUCCCUUCGGAGCCGGUCGUGGCACAGACCUCGCCAGACACCAAAGACAUAGAAGUGGGUGUCGAUGACGACGGCUUCAUCUACUUGGCUUACGAAUGCGAUCACGUAGUCGACGGCAACGUGGGACUCUGGAACAAAAAUUACACGGAGCCAAUCGACGGGGCGAGAGCUCAGACGGACAACAAGGACGGCAGGUCUGUCCUCACCUUCCGCGACCCCUCUGAAGAAGACUUGGGUCUCUACACCGUGGAGAUGAGCGACGAUCCUAGCUUGUCAUCCAGCCACCUGCUCACUGCUGAAGACCUUGAACGCCUCAAAGAGCUCAGCCAGCAAGUCAGAAAUCCACUGAUCACGCUGAAGUCUGGCUGGAACGUGGACGUUUCCGAGACGGGCGGCGUGCGUCUGUGGCUUCAGACGGAGAGUCUGAGCGACGACGCCGAGUUGCGCGUCGUGUUCAAUGACAAAGAAAUCUCCAGCACUCCGCGGCGUACGAUUCGCUUUGACAAGGCAGGCGGUCUGGUGGAGGUACUGAUGGAUCGGAUCAGCCACGAUGACGAAGGCUCAUACACGGCCCAGCUGCGGGACGGACGCGCCAGGAAUCAAUUCACGUUGGUCUUGGUGGAUCAAAAAUUCCGCGAACUUCUGGCCCUGGCAAACGCCAAGCGACGUGACCACGAGAGAAAGAGCGGGCCAUACUUCGAGGAGUUCUUGUCGUGGAACGUUAACGAGGAAUGCCAAGUGAUCAUAAAGUGCAAGGUGACAAACACAAACAAAGACUCCACUCUCAAGUGGUUCAAGGACGGCACAGCAGUGACACAGGCUGAUUAUGACUCCGCCUCUGGAUCCAGCGCACUCACCAUCCCACAGAUUGAAAAAAAGCAGGCGGGCUCGUACAAAGCAGUGGUGUCAGACGCCAGAGGAGAGGACGUCAGCACCUUGGCGUUGCGAGAUGAAGAGUACGACAAGCUCCUCCAGCAGCUGAGCAGACAAUGCGGAUUGUCAGCAGGUCCGCUGAGGGUUCAGAGCACGGCAGAAGGUUUCAGGCUCUACUGCUGCCUCACGUAUUAUAUCAGCUACUUGAAGACCACCUGGAGCUUUAAGGGGAAACAGAUGGAACCACAGUCCCGGGUCAGGAUGGGAAGCAACGUCCACACGGUUUGGAUGGACAUUUUCAACCUGACAGAGAACGACAAAGGCAAAUACACCUUGGAUAUGUUUGACGGUGUCGAGACGCAUACGCGUCACCUGGACCUGGCGGGACAAGCAUUUGCAGAUGCUUUGACGGAGCAUCAGAGGCUGAAGCAAGAAGCCGUCAUUGAGAAAAAUCGGGCCAAAGUGACUAAAGGUCUUCCAGAUGUUGUGGCUAUCAUGGAGGGAAAGUCUCUGUGCCUGACGUGCUUCAUCGAGGGCGACCCGGUCCCGGAUGUCUUCUGGCUGCGCAAUGAGCGCGAGAUCGCCGGCGAGGACCAGUACUUUAUCACCAGGGAGCCAGGCUGCAGCACCAUCACCAUCAGCGACGUCCGCACAGAAAACUCUGGCAAAUUCACCGUGCUGGUCCGCAACCGCUGCGGCUCCGAGUCGGUGGACGUGACCGUGAGCGUGUACAGGCGAGACGAGGCGCCGCCGGCAAAUGUUGUGGAGAUGGGAUUGUGA